CUAGCUCACUAUUCCAAAGUAGUUGUCCUCUUGGGGUGGAGGGAGGGGCUGACAGCUCUGUGAAUUGAAGACAGUUCUGGUUUUCUGGGCGCGGCUCAGGCAUCCUUCUGUCAUGCCUGGUCACCUACAGCAAUCUCACAGCCUGAGCCUUGAGCUUUUUGAAGAUGGCAAGUGUUUCCUCAGACUUGGAGCAUGUCUCCUCCCUUCCUGCCUGGAAGGACUGUCUUGAACUCCCUUUACCUGUCUGAAGAACCUCCCCCUGGUCUCUCUCUCCCAACGAAUUUCCAGGCUUACUUUCCUUUUCACUGGCAGAGCCUGACUCCAGCCCCUUGGUUUCAGGAAACCUUCCCUUUCCAGCUUCAUCCCUGGAGAAGGGGAAGGAACAGGAUGACAGCGACGACUCUGCAGAACCUGAGGUGCUGUGCAGCGUGGAGCACCCCAGCCAGUUCUUCGCUGAAGCACAGAGACUGCGGGAGCAGAAGCUGCUGCUGGAUGAAGAGGUGUCAGUAGAGGGACAGGUAUACGGGGUGCAUCGGGUGAUCUUGGCUGCAAUCAGCAGCCUCUUCCAGGGCAGACUGAGGGGCAGUGGAGGUCAACAGCCUCGCUUCUGCCUCGACGUGACCCGGAGGGGCUGGGAGGCUGCACUGACCUUUGCGUAUGAGGGGGUGCUGGGCCCCGCCUCGCAGGGCGAAGUGCUGGCUGCUGCAGAGGCGCUGGGAGCGCCCCGGGUGAAGAACGCGGUCCAGCUGAGGCCAGAAGGGCUUUGCAAAGCCAGGGAAGAUGAAAGGAAGCUCAGCCAGGCAGAGGAGCUGAGGGAGAGCCUGCACAGCAUUGAGCGUCUGUUUCGAGAGGGCAUCGGGUGCGACCUGGAGCUGGAAGCAGAGGGCUACCGCCUGCGGGUGCACCGAGUAGCCCUGGCCUGUGGCAGUGAGUUCUUUGGGGCCAUGCUUCUGAGUGGCAUGAGGGAGUCUCAGGGCACAAAGGUGUGUCUUCGUACCAUCUCUUCCCAAGACCUAAGACUCCUCGUUUCGUUUGCCUACUCUGGAGUUGUACGAGAAAGAUGGCCAGGAUUGCUACGAGUCGCCCAGGCUGCGCUGCAAUACCAGAGCUCCUCCUGCCUGGAUUUGUGUCAGAGAGCCUUGGCUCAAAGCCUCUGUCCUGCCCUUUGCCUGGCUCUGUUUCCUAUGGUUGAAACCCCUGGUUUGGAGAAAGUCUGGGGGAAAGCCCAUCGGUACCUCCUCACUCAUCUGCCUGCUGUGGCUUUGUGCCCUACUUUCCCAUCUUUACCGGCUACCUGCCUGGCUGAGCUCUUGGAUAGUGAUGAGCUCCAUAUACAAGAAGAAUUUGAAGCUUUCAUGGCUGCAAGGCGUUGGCUGGCUGCCAACCCCGACACCCAGGAGUCAGAGGCCAAGGCCCUGCUGCGAUGUGUCCGCUUUGGCCGCAUGUCUACCAGAGAGCUGAGGAAGGUGAGGGCAGCGGGGCUCCCUCCACCUCUGUCCCCGGAUCUGCUGUACCAGCUGAUGGUGGAAGCUGAAAUUCCAGGACAAGAGAGGUGGAGGGAGCCUGACCAAGCGCUGGUGGUGAUUGGUGGGGAUGGGCUUAGACCUAACAUGGACCGAAGACAGCCAUCUUGCAAAGUGUGGUGGGCCCGGGCUUUCCACUGUGGCAUGGGUCUGGUACGAACUGUGGAAUGGUGCCGGCUGCCUGACCUGCCAGCCCCAGGGCGCUUUCGGCAUGGAGCUGCGAGCCUAACAGGAAGUGAACUCUAUGUGUGUGGGGGACAGGAUUUCUACAGCCACGCCAACACGUUGGCUUCAACUCUCAGGUGGAGCUCCAGUCAAGAAGACUGGGAGGAAAUGGCACCUUUGUGCCAGGCUCGGAGCUUUUUCCCGCUGGUGGUGUUUGAUGGAGAACUUUAUGCCCUGGGUGGACGGGACAAUGGUGUUGCCCUUAAUUCCGUCGAGGCCUAUAACCCUGAACUCAAUGUCUGGAGGCCGGCACCUGCUCUCCCAGCACCAUGCUUUGCCCAUACAGCUGCCAUCCUCGAGGGCCGAUUGUAUGUAAGCGGUGGCUGUAGUGGGACUGGCCAAUACUUGGACUCAUUGAUGCUCUAUGAUCCCAAACUUAAGAAGCCUGGGACACUUUUGAGCCCAAUGGGAGUAGCUCGGGCUGGUCAUGUGAUGGCUGCUCUGGGUGGGAGGUUGUAUGUGGCAGGUGGGAUAGGUGACACUGGGGACCUACUGAGCUUUGAAGUCUAUGAACCAAAGACUGAUAGCUGGACUCACCUGGCACCCUUGCCCUCUCCCCAUGUGGGGGCUGCAGGUGCUGUGCUACAGGGGGAGUUACUGGUACUGGGGGGCUACAGCCACCGCACUUAUGCCAUCUCCCACCUUGUCCAUGCCUACUGCCCUGGUCUGGACCGCUGGCUCUGCCUGGGAACUCUGCCGAGACCUCGGGCUGAGAUGCCUGCCUGCAUCUUGACAUUGCCCAGUGUGCAGCACAUAGCUUUGGUCCCUACCCAGCACCAAAACAAACCUUCUGGGUGACCGAGAUCAGCAGUGUAUGAGGGAGGAAGGGGUAAGAAUACCAUGACAAAAGGACAGAAACUAUGAGAGGAUAAAGAAGUUGUACUUGCUUGCUUACUUUUUAAAAUUAUCAAAAAGUAUCAUUAGAAAGGUUCUUGUUAUUGUAGCUCUGGCUGGCCUUGAACAUGAUGUGUAGCAAAGGCUGGCCUCAAACUCAAAGUCCUGCCUCAGCCUCCUGAGUGCUAGGAUUGCAUGCACUAGCCUUCCUUGAUUGAGAGGUCUUAUGAUGAUGAUGAUUGACAGGGUUUCGAGUAUCCCAGGCUGGCUUAUAACUCCCUAUGUUAUCAAGGAUGAUCUUGAAAGAAUUGGGUUCACAGGCAUAUACUGCCAUACCUGAUUUGUGGUAGAGAUCAAACUUGGGACUUCCUGCAUGCUAAGUAGGUACCAAACCAACUUAGCUACAUCCCUAACCCUAAAAGAAGGCUUUGUUCUUUUUUGUUUGCUUGUUUUGUUUUUAAAUUGUUUAAUAUUUAUUUAUUUUAUAUGUAUGGGUAUUUUGCUUGCAUGUAUAAAGUGAACCAGGUGUUUAUCUUGUGACUGCAGAGGCCAGCAGAGGACAGCAGGUCCUUGAACUGGAGUUGCAGACAGUUGUGAACAGACAUUUGGGUGCUUGGAACUGAACCCUGGUCCUCUAGAAGAGCAGCAAGUACUCUUAAUUGCUGAACCAUCUCUCUAGCCCCAUAUUUUGUGUCUUGAGGCAGUCUCAUUAUGUAGUGCAGAUGAGAACACUUUAUUCUUGUUAGUAUUUUACUCCGCCCUGAACCUUGAAGCUUUUGUAUAUUUGAUCUCUGCUAAGGAACAGGCGGUUCUGGAACUCAUGGGAAAUGGGCCUUGUGAGAAGGACCGGCAAAUAAAUACUCCCAUAAGAUAGGCACCCAGGAUGAACUCACAAGGGUUAAUGGUUAGUUGGGAGCUAAAGCUGGAGCUCAUUGAUGGAGCACCUACUUAGCAUAGGUAAGGAUCUGGUUCAAUAAUCUAUGGCAUCAAAAAAUGAAUUAAUUAAUUAAAACUACAAAAACCACACAUCAAUAGUCAAAAUAUAGGGACCAGGAAAGGACAUUGGGACAAUAGGGAAAUUGAUGGAGGAAUGUGAAAUGAAUUAAACAGUGCUCUCUUUCUUGGUACUUUCCCAUUUUACUCUCCCAUCUCAGGAGACCUAAAUCCUCCUAACAAUAUUCUUUCUAAGGUAGGUUUGUAGGUUCAUCCUUGGCUCCAUAGACUGCCUGUAGAGUCUUUCAGUUCCCACUUGAGACGGAAAUGCCCAUUAGGUCUAGACACGGUGGAGCACACUGGGAAUCCUGGCAUUUGAGAGGUGGAAGCCAGAGGACCAGGACUUGAGGUUGUUUUAAGAGAACCAAACCAAAACCAACAAAACAAACAAAAACACCAAGAAGGAAAAGUUUCCAUCAAGAUUUGGACCACAUGCACGGGGACCUGAAGCCAGGGUGAGAUGGGAGUAUUCAUGGUGGAAGGGAAGAGAAAGACAGAGGCCAAGGAGAGAGUAUCCGUGGUGGCAAAUGAGGUUGAGAAGAUAGGAAGAAUCCACUCCAAUGUCUUUCCUUGCCUUUGAUGAACUCAAGAAUCAGGACUAGAAAAAGGACAAUUGUGUGAGGUCCUCUGGGAUCAAGACGGGGAAACAUGGCUGAGGAAAGUGAAGGCCAGAAAGACGUGGGAGAGCCCCCUUCCCUUCGUAUUAUUUUGAACCUAUUCCCCCUAUUUUUUUGUGUAGGUUUUUGUUUGUUUUAGACAAAGUUGCGUGUAGCCUAGGCUAGCCUUGAACUCAUUGUGUAGCUGAGAUGGCCUUGAACUUCCAAUCCUCUUGCUUCCAACACCAGAGUGUUGGGAUUACAAGUGUGGGCCACCAUGUUAAACUGUAUGUCUCUGCUUAAGAUAGAUAAGGACAAAAGUUGAAAAUGAAGAGGGUUAAGUAGAAUGUAUAAAAAAGAAAGAUGAAGAAGAAAAGGGAGAAGGAAAUUGCUUGUGAUUUGUUCAUAAUGAUGGCUGUAAAUAAAUGUUUCAU